AUGGCAACCCGCUCCCGGAGCUCCGCUCGUCCCCAAUCCCCUCUCGAUCAAGGAGAGUUGGGACCCGCUCUUCCGGCAACCGCCGCUGAGUCAACCAGCCUUGAACCAGAGGUCUAUGGGGAAGUCUCCCUCAGCCGUGCAAUCUCCCUCAUCUUGGGAUUGCAAAACCAAGUCCUCCGGCUCGAACGGGAACUCGAGGAAACCAAGGAAGCAACCAAGGAAGCCCGAGACUGGAUGGGCGCAGUCGAUCAAGCCCUCACUCGCAUUGAGGCUAGGGGUGGAGCCCCACACACACCAGAAGACCGGAAACCUCCGGCAGUCGAGGCCACGCCCAGGCCCAUACCCAAAACCAACACUUUUCCAGCGCCUAGUGCGCCCCUUGUUGCCUGGGCUACCCUCUCCAAAGCUCCCCCCGCCUUUGCUCAACCAGCUCCCGUCCGGGCUCCCCCGCGAGUCUAUACUCCCCCUACACCUGCGCCUAUCCAGCCCCAAACCCCCCUUCAACCAGCGGCUCCUAUAGCCACAUACCAACCCCCGGUCAAGGUAGACCACCCUGACGCUUACACCGGGAAGAUAGGGAAUGAAGCCCGCCAAUGGUUAACCCAAAUGUUGGCAUGGGUCCGCCUUAACCAGCGGAUGUUCCCCACCAAUCAGGAGACAUUGUCAUUCCUCCUGAUGAACAUGAAGGACGUAGCAGGAGCAUGUGCACAUCCCCACCUUGAUCAACUUGGGUCCCACAGGGCCCUAAUUCAAACAGUUGACAAAUUCAGGACGGAGUUCUUGGCUGCAUUCGGUAAUCCGGAUGCCACGCGAGCCGCUGAGCGGCAAAUCACCCACCUCACUCAGACAGGAUCCUGUGCUGAGUAUAUUACGAAGUUUAGGACCAUUGCCAUGGACCUAGACUGGAACGACGCCGCCCUUCGCGGGCAAUUUGCACGUGGCCUCCACUGGGAGGUCAGCCGCCUCAUCGCCACCCAAGAACGGCGCCCCACAACACUCCUCAAGCUGCAGAAUGCGGCCCUAGUCAUUGACAACGCCCUCCAAGAGGAGCGCGCCAGCCACCCGCCUAAGGGUAAUAAGUCUGGUGCCUCCACUACCACCCCCAAUAGGGGGGCAAGUACCGGCCAACAGGCCACAAGACCAGGGCGCCUAUCCAGCGAUCCCAACUUCGUCUCCAAGGAGGAGCGCAACCGCCGCAGGGCUGAAGGCCUCUGCAUCAAAUGCGGAAAAGCAGGGCAUAAAUUCGCGGAAUGCCGCACUGGCUGGAAAGCCACGCCUAAGGAGGAAGGCGUCAAAAAAGAAGCCGCCAAAGUUGGCGAGGAGUCUGGACCCGAAUUGGGAAAAGACUAA